AUGGCCAUGUUCACUGUCUCUCCCUGCACCCUUGAGCAUUGGUUCCAGGAGGUGCCGUUGCUGCUCUCGGACCAGGGCUGGGAUCUCACAGCUCGGGCGGGCGCCCACAGCCUGCACCACGCCACGUGCCCUUGGGGCGGUCGCCUGCUGAAGGUCAAGGCUGGCUCUGUGCCCUCGGAAGGAAUUGUUCGGCCGGAGGUCUUGGCGGACGUCACGGUGGAGCGCCUGGCGCCCGGGGCGGCGGUGGUCCUGGAGAAGGACUGGAGCCACCUCUUCGGGCUGCGGGAGCUCACGCAGCACGAGGAGAAGGUGAAGGCAGUGACCCAGCGCCUGCGGCGCGACUUCCCCGAGGAGGGCGACUGCGCAGUGACUUUCGUGGGCGAGUCCUGCGGUCUCCUCUUCAGCCGGCCGGAUGGAGACGGCUUCGAGCUGACGUGUGUCUUCCAGGUCUCGGAAGAGCAGUUCGCCCAGUGGAGCUCCAUCCAGAAGAUGCUGUUGCUGGACUCCUCCUGCCGCUUCGCCCGGAACUUCGCGACGCGCUCGGAGCCGGAGCUUCGGGAGAAGGACCGGGACUACUACAUGGUGCUCACGGUCCAGUCCUGCCGCCGCGGCCUGCCGCUCGUCCCCAGCGCAGAGUCGGAGGAGCCGACGGUGACCAUCACCGCGGGCAUCAGCGUGGGCCUGGAGAGGUGGACGCGCUUCAGCCCAAACAUGGCCAGCUCCGGCUCAGGCUCCAGCGACGGCCGCUUCUGCGUGGCAGACUUCGUGGGAACCUUCGCCGCCCGCCUCGGGCUUUCGCUCGCGGCCUACGACUCCAUGGACGGGCAGCGGCUGGUGCCUUACCAGUGCGUGGUGGCACGCCAGGAGUGGGAGGCAGCGAAGGACCGCUUCGUGAACGCCUUCCUGCUGCAGAAGAAGGCCUACCGCCGGGCCAACGGCGGAUCUUCCGCCCCGAGCUUCCACGUCGACGUGCAGCCACGCGCCGCGCCGGACGGCCACUUGGCGGAGCUGAAGCAGCGGUUGCGGCAAGAAGAGCGGCCUUCGCACAAGGUGGUGGUGCGACGGACCUUCUUGGAGGUGGAGGAGGAGGAGGACGAGAUCUCUAUGGCCCCUGCACAGCGGCAGGUGCGGCGGCCCAAGACCACGGGCAUCGUGGCGGAGGCGUCCGUCUUGGCCUUCUGA